AUGUGCAUCUGGCUUCGGCAGGUGUGUGACGGUGUGCCUCAGUGUCAGGAUCGAUCAGAUGAACUCAACUGCUUCAAACCAGACGACGGCUGUGCUCAUCGCUGUGACGAAAACACCCGCUGCGUCCCAGAAUCCUUUGUGUGUGAUGGAGAUGUAGACUGCGUGGAUGGCAGCGACGAGGCCAACUGUGAUGAAAACCCUGAUGAUGAAGAUGAAGACUUCAUUGAUGAAAAGGAAGAAAUGACAGGAGAGCAUGAAGUCUCAGAAAAUGUUCCUGCAACUAAAGCCCCUCUGCGCUGCUCUCUUGCCUCGAAGUUAUGCAGAGAUGGGACGGACUGUGUGAUGUUAAAUCAUGUGUGUGAUGGCGAGCUUGACUGUAAAGACGGCUCUGAUGAAGACGACUGCCCCGUGCAGUGUGAAUCUGGUCAGUUUCAGUGUGCGCACGGUAAGAAGUGCAUUGACCGUCGGCAGGUGUGUGACGGUGUGCCUCAGUGUCAGGAUCGCUCAGAUGAACUCAAUUGCUUCAAACCAGACGACGACUGUGCUCAUCGCUGUGACGAAAACACCCGCUGCAUCCCAGAAUCCUUUGUGUGUGAUGGAGACCCAGACUGUGUGGACGGCAGUGAUGAGGCAAACUGUGGUGAGGAGAGCUGCAGCAGUGCGGAGUGGCAGUGCAGCAGCGGUCAGUGUGUGUCGCUCAGCAUGCGUUGCGAUGGUCAUUCAGACUGCAGAGAUCAUUCGGAUGAGGAGGACUGUGCCGAACCUCCGCCUUGCAGCACCAAUCGCCGCUGUCCCAAGAGCCACGAGUGUCUGCUGGACGAGUGGAUGUGUGACGGAGAGACAGACUGCAAAGACGGCACUGAUGAGAAGAACUGUAAGGAGUCUCCAGUGCAGUGCGGUGAGUUCCAGUUUUCCUGCUCCUCCAACACUCAGUGUAUCCCUCAAUCCUGGCGCUGUGAUGGGUCUGAAGACUGCAGGGACGGCAGUGACGAAUCUGCUUGUGUGAGUGUGUCCUGUCCCCCUCACCUCUUCCAGUGUGGGAGUUCGGAGUGUGUGGAGUUUUCUCAGCUCUGUAAUGGAGUCACCAACUGUCUGGACGGGUCAGAUGAGGGCGGCUCCUGUCAGACAGAGAAAUGCUCUGAACAGUUAAAGUGUGACCAAGACUGCCACAGCACACCUUCGGGAGCGCGCUGCUGGUGCAGGAUGGGCUAUAAGCCUGUGGAUGAUGGCCUGAGUUGUGCAGAUGUAAAUGAGUGUGUGGAGCGCCCAGACAUCUGUUCACACUACUGUAACAACACUCUGGGCUCCUUCCAGUGCUCCUGUAGUCACGGUUAUGUUCUGGAACCUGAUGGCCACAGCUGCAAAAUCACAGGUGAGCCGUACCUGCUGGCGUCAGUCCAGUCUGAGGUGUUUCUGCUGGGUCUGAGGAGCUCCAGUCUGGAUAUCCUGCUCUCAGCAGAGAAGAGGUUUGUCCUGUCCCUCGACUAUGACUGGCAGAAGCAGAGAGUUUACUGGAUCAACCUCAACACAGACACCAUCAAGUGGCUCUCACUGGACCAGAAGAACAAGGGAACCUUCCUUAAAGGUAUCAGUGCAGACAGUCUGGCGGUGGACUGGGUGGCGAGGAACCUCUACUGGACCGACAGCGUCAACAGUCAGAUCAAUGCUGUGGGGCUGGACAGUGAGAUCAGCAGAUCUACAGAUCGAGUCAUGAUCCUAGGGGAAGAUCUGGGACAGCUGCGCUCCAUCGCUCUGAUGCCACAGAAAGGAAUAAUGUUCUGGUCAGAAACUGGGGACGAGGCUCAGAUUGAAAGAGCAGGAAUGGACGGUUCGGACAGACGUGUGCUGGUCAGUAAAUCUCUCCGAUGGCCGGUCAGUCUGACUGUCGACUCGCUGCAUCACAGGAUCUACUGGACUGAUGAGAAACUCAAGUGCAUUGGAUCAGCUAACAUUGACGGAGGAGAUGUAAAGCUCUUGCAGCUGAUGGAAACCCCCAGUCCAUUCUCAAUCUCAGUCUUCAAUGAUCAGGUCUACUGGUCUGAUACCAAGAGAGGAACCAUUCAGAGAGCUCACAAAACCACAGGAAAACAGCGCCAAGUCCUGCUCAAACGUCCUGGACAGCCGUUUGGAUUGAAGGUGAUUCAUGGUCUCCUCCAAGAGGACGUCUCGAACCCCUGUGAGUCCCAGGGCUGUUCUCACCUGUGUGUUUUAGCUCCAGGGCUGAAGGCUGUAUGCAAGUGUUCUACUCAGUUCCUGCUGGAUGAAGACGGCUUGACCUGCUCCAAACCCAAAGACUCGUCCUUCCUGCUGUUUCUCUCUCCUGCUGCAGUCACACAGGUGUAUCUACAGAACAGACACAGUGACGUGACCCCUCAGAAGUGGCCCGAUCAUCGCCGUUUUGACCUUCCCAAAAUGAACCACCCAAACAUGCUAGAUUUAGUUCUGCGAGACCUCACGCUGUACGUGUCCGACACGGAUCAACCUCUCGUGGGACUCUUCAAGAUGAAGGACGCUGCUCUGGUGCCCCGUGGAAAACUCUUCCAGCUCCACAAAGACUCUGUGAGGGUUUUUUCGGUGGACUGGAUCACUUUAAACGUGUACUGGAGCAGUGAGAAGCUGCCCGGCCUGCAGGUCACUUCACCGGAUGGCAGAUUUACCAGUGUUUUAAUACGGGAAGGUGUGGGAAUCAUUGAAUCCAUUGGUUUGGAGCCGCCAAGCGGACGCCUCUGCUUCUCAAACAGGAUCCAGGAGGGAAAGAUGAGCAUGGUGGAGUGUGUGUUUAUGAAUGGACUGAACAGGACAGUGGUGUGGAGAAAUUCAGUCAGGCCGACUUCACUGAUCUUGACUGAUGAAGGGAAUCGAGUCUACUGGGCUGAUACUGGUCUGGCAGUAAUUGGUUCAGUUGGCACAGAUGGUUCCGGAUACAAGGAAAUAAAGACAGAAGAAGGUCUGAUGGCAUUUACUUUGGUCAACAAAGUGCUUGUUUGGAUCACUAAAAAAGACUCCACUAAGUGUUGGUUCAGUGAUGAUGAGCAGCGGUCAGGAAAACUCUGGUUUGAAGUGGACACUGAGGUUGUGAACCUGAAAGCAUUCGCAAAGUCAAGACAGAAAGGCACUAAUCUCUGCUCUAAUGGUAAUGGCGGCUGCAGUCAGCUCUGUCUGGCGUUCCCAGGAGGAAAGACGUGUCGUUGCGCUCAUGAUCACCGCCUGCUUGAUGGUGGAGAUUGUAGACCUGAAUCCCACUGUCCUGAAAACAGCAAACCAUGUCUGAGUGAAGACCUGUGUCUGCCUCUGGAGCAGUUCUGCAAUGGCGUCGCUGACUGUCCAGAUCAUUCUGAUGAGAACUGUCUGGAUGAUAAACAGUAUAAAACGGUUGGAAUCAAUCCUAAAGCCUUUGCUCCAGGUUUGAGCGAGAACAUUAUACCGGCGAAUGUGGAGUCGGAGAUGUGUGACAUUAAGCUGUGUAAAGGGAAAGGCAGGUGUGUGAGCAGGAGCGGUGAGACGGUGUGUGACUGUGAUCCAGGAUUCAGCGGUGAACACUGUGAGGACCGUUCAGGUCUCUUGCAGGGACCCGUCCUGUACGGAGUGAUCGGACUGUGUGCUGGUGUGGUGGUCCUAGCGGUCACUGUCGGCAUCAUUCAGAGGAAGAAAGCCACAAAUCAAAGACAAGCAACUCAGACUGUGGACAUGCAGGAGACGGGCAUGAAGGAACUGGAGAAAAGACGUGAAGCGUCUUCAGCUAGAUCUAAUGGAAAGGACACAGAAGUAUCAGAGGAAAAUGUGGUGACGUCUGUGGACUAGCUUCAUCACGUCGGCUGAAGCAUCUUGGUUUCUUGAAUAAAGUCAUGUUGCAUUUGGAAAAGUCAAAUUUAUAGUCUGUUUAAUAUAAUUAACUUGUCCACAUUUAAUCAGACUGUUCAUAACUCUGUUCUCAUUCAACGAGUCUAAAGGCAGAUUAUUUUGAUAACUCACCGACUGCUGAUAUCAUCCUGGUUUACCACAAAGGUUCAGUAAGAACUGAUUUUGCCACAGCCACCACAUUGU